UGAAGUGAAAAGCUUCAAAUUCAAAAUAAAAUGUUUUUAAAAAUUAAACAUAAAACAAACAGCUGGUUAUGUUUGUUUGGUUUGCUUUACAAAAACAAUGAGAUCUCUGAGUCCAAAGAAUUCUAAAACGUUAUUAUCCCUCGUAAGGGAAUCCCCUCAUAGGGUCAUGAAACUCAUUCCACAUUUUCGGAUCUUCACAAGUUGGGCGAAGCCGGCUUGCCAAAUACUUGCAUGUGUCACCGUGUUGGUCGCCAUGGUUGAGAUGAACAUCGACAUUUUGAGACAUGAAAUACCUGAUUACCUGGCAAAACGGAGUUCAUUGAUUGGUUAUGCAUACCCAAAUUCAAUAUACUUUGUGAUAUCUUUCAUAAUUAUGUUACAAUGGGCCAUCAUGGCCAUUAGGACCUGUUUUACUCUACUUAAGGAAACACCCAGUAUUUCAGUCCUCUCUAUCUUUGUUAUAUCCAAAGUAAUAGUCAUCAUAAUCUGCAUUGCAGACAUUAUCAUCAUUCUUGUACAAUAUAGCGCUCGUAUGGAUAGAAAAAUUUUGGCCCUUGGCCUGAGCUGGACAAGUUUUAAAAUAGUUUUAUGCAUGGUUUACAUGGUGGCUUUGGUGACGCUUCACCAGCUUGUUAUCAGAAACAGUGAAAAACAAGAAUUACAUAGCAGUGAAGCAUCGGCACAGAGCGUAAAUUCUCAACUUGUCAUUUACAUACCACUUCAUGGCGAGAACAGUCCGAGUCAAGUUUCUCAAGCUCUGUCUAAAGCCAGCUACAUUUCAGCAAUCAGAAAAAUUAUACAUAACAACAUAGAAUUAACAAAAUGAUUUUAACGAUGCAAAUGACUGGGUUGUUACUAAUAUGUAUACAAAACCUAUUGUUUUUAACCAAGUUAUUAUUGUAUAUUUUUAAAAAAUGCGAUUUUUUAACUGAGUUUUUAUUUGAAAGUACAGUCUUAACAAUUUU